AUGAAGACCUCCACCUUCCUCACCCUCGCCGGCCUGGUGUCAGCGUCAGCACACGCCAGCCACCUCGCCCCGCGCCAGUUCAACUUCAACGACCUCCUCAACGGCACCCUCACCAAUGCCAACGGGGCGGCCGACCUCAACUUCGGCGACCAGACCGCCUUCGAUGGGCUGGAAAUUGGCGGCGUGAACCUGGGCCGUGUCGACCUGGGCAACCAGGAUGUGGUGGCCGAGGCCAUCCUCGCGAUACUGGGCGGGCUGUGUCUGGGGGAUUCACUCAGCCGGAACAACAUCCUGAGUCUUGGGUUCAACAAUGAUGUGGAUAUGUUCUUCCAGCUGGCGCAGCUUGCGCAGUUACAGCAGCUUGGGUUUGUGGAUGUUGGGGGGAUUCAGUCGUUGUUUAAUGCCGCGCAGGUGGGAGGCGGGUUUAAUGCCGCGCAGGUGAAAGGGGGGUUUGAUGCCGGACAGGUGCGAAGCGGGUUUGAUUUUGGCGUCUUCAAACGUGAGGUAUCCAAAGUCAAAAAGACCAUGAAACGGACCAAGCUCCGACGCGGAAAGACCGCCAAGCGGCAGCAAUGCGUCCAGGAAAACGGCCAGAACAACGGCCAGAACAACGCCGUCAACGAAGGUGGUAAUAUCAACUUUGCCAGCGCGUCCCUGGACACCGUCACCACAACGCUUGCGGAAGAAGCUGGGUUCACCAGCGCCACGGCCGUCGUGGAAGCUACCACCCCUGCUGCCGAAGAAGCAUCCACGACAGAAGAAGCGGUUGCGGUAGCCACUACGGCUGCCGAGGAGAAUGCUGCUUCGGCGACAGCCAGUGCAGCUGAGGUGACCGAGACUGGUGGCGCUGCAGAAGUGACCGAGACGGCCACAGCCGGCGCUGCGGAGGCUUCUGAGACGUCGACUACAGUUGAAGCAGCUGCCGAGGCAUCACUGGCAGCGGAGGUUAUUCCUGCGGCAGCGGAGGCUACUGUGGUUAAUGAGCCUGCUGCGAUUGAGGCCUCUCCUACGGCCAUCGCUGCCGUGGAUACCGCUGUUGCUGCUCCCCCUGCUGCUGCUGCCACAGCUGCGGCGGAGAAUGUUGGUGAUCUGGUGGAUAACCUGUCUGAUUUUACACGCUAA